AGAUGUCUGUAGGUGUCAUGCAUGCCAACGCGAAAAUAUCUUGAUUUCGACAUCAUCUCAGCGAAACAUCUUCUCCAGCGAGUUCCACUUUUCUAUAUUGAAUGUAUUGAUCGAACUGCACCCUCUUCAUAAACAAGAAAGGAGACCGACAAUGAUUUCUGAAGUGAUCUAACAGUCAUGAAAGAGACAGCCAUCAACAUCAAGAGAAUCACUAUUCUUCAAAAUGACUUCCUAUCAUAACUAUUUUAAUGGGGUUAAUCUUGAAGAUCACCUAUUGACCUCAGCCCCACGACGACCGCGACUGUCAUCCAGCACAACACCGACAUCGUUCUAUCAUGCGUGCAACCCUUUACGGGGUCAGGCAGACGCCACAGAAGCAAUACCCUUGAUUGAACGACUAGCCGAUGACGUGGCACAACUACGUCUUAUCAUUGAUCCGGCAAUCACAAAGAUUAGCGGAUUAUCACAAAGCCUCAGGUCUGAUUUUGGUCUUUCGGGAGAAGACGGACGAGUUACGAUGAGGAAGUUCACUGACACUAUCGCUAACAAUAGACCACAAACACGAACAAGACUUACACUUCUAGCACUUCUAGCGACUCUAAUGAUGAAGUAGGGUGUGCAUGAUGAAGUAGCUUUCUGAUGAAUGAAGUAUGAUGAAUGAUCUAUGUUUGAUCACCACUUCUUCUAGAUUUUAUCUGGUCCUUCUAAGAAUAUAUUUUAUAAUCUUCUCUUCAGCUCUCUAAUCGGACAUCAUCGGUAUCCUCGCAGGAAGAGGAACAAGACCGGAUUUGCAAGAACGUGUGCGAAAUCAUGCUCACAAAUUUGAGCAACAGGGAAAUGACCGACGAACAUGAAGGACUAGCGAGAAUUGGCAAGAGCAACCUCGUGGUCUAUAAUGGAGGAGGACUUGCUAGUGCUUCACAAGAAGAUGGCGAGCAUCAUCUUCGUCCCAGUAGUGCAAGCAUAGCAGCAACGAUGGAGAGGUCGAUUCUUUCUCCAGGUGGGGCACUUCUGCGUGGCCUACGACAUUUUGUGUCUGUUGCAGCUCAACUUCGUGACGAGCUGACCUUCGCAGAUAGAAAUCUCGUGGUAGUAAAGCGGAACAUACUUCUUGAGUCCAUGCUCCCUUCCCUCACAUCGAAAGACAAGAAGCUGCUUGAGACGGUUUAUCCCAGUCCUGCACCAGUGGAACUCGAUCCGGCUGCUGGAGGAGACAGUUUGAUGGAAAAGGGAGCAGCUCUUUAUAAUCGUGUGGCUGCUGCUGCUGCUGGCACAAGGGCUCCCUUGUUUGGACGUGGAUUCCCAUUUUUUCCCCGUGGAAGACGUUCCACCUCUCCCUUUGCUGCAGUAGAUAAGCAAACAGCUGCAGCAAAUAAACUAGGAUCUCGAUGCACUCGAGACGGCUUUGCUGUGUUUGCGGCACAGAUGGAGCAACUAUCAGAAGGGACAGGCGACAUUGCGCGGAGACUCACGAAGAUCCAGAACGACUUCCUCGAUCAAGCUGAAGUUAUGGAAUUCCAGUAAGAAUCAUCCACAUGAUCGCGGGAGCAAUGCAAAAUUGUUUUAGAUCUGCUUACAUUUAUAUAAAUAUUGACUCCUAUUACAUCAAUGAACUAGUAUAUCUAGAACUAGUGGGUCUAGAAGAAAAAGCAAACAGACUCAGAUUUUUGUGUAAAGGUAAACAUUAACAUAGUUCGUAUGGAAUAAAUUUGACUUCUCUAGACUACUCAUGCUACUCUCAAUAUCGCUUUUUAUGCACUGUGACUAUGUAAUCCUUUCAUCAGUAGCCCUUCAUAAUAUUCAUUUUCACUUACACUUAUGAGCAAAACCUACUACAACUUUGGGUUUGGCCCAUCACAACUACUACCAAUAGCAAUACGAACAACAUCUGGAAUUUCCUAUUGCUGCUCAUGCGCAUCCGACCUCUAACAAAACCCUACUAGGCCACGGCAAACCUGGCACAGGCGUUGACGUGAAGAAGCCAGGUCUCAUCCAUCCAGUCCACCAAGUAGACGGAGGCCAAGGCGUCUACAGACCUCCACAGGACAGCGAUUCUAUAAACUUAGAAGAUGACGUCUCCAGUGGUAAAAAGACUGGUGCUGGUGCUGGGACUGCUGGUGCUAGUCAUAAUGCGACUCCUGAAGUCGCAUCAUCUUCAGGUGAUGAUCAUGUAUCAUCCACGUCUUCUCGUAGCACUGAAACUGCCAUCAGUGCUGCACCCGCUACUAUUCCCACAACAUCAUCUUCUGCUUCUCCAGAGGACCAACCAGCAACUUCCGAUCAAGAUGACCAGCCAGCUCCUACAGUAAAAAGUAAACCCCCCUUUGGUUCGAAAUGUGUAGAUCGUGUUGACGAAGAAUCAAGCGUCAUCAAUCUUUUCAAAGCUGGAUCCAUGCAAGACUUUAUGGGAACUCAGCUGGAUGGGACUGAUGCAGCUGCAGGUGCUCCUGCUCAACAACGUGGCGGAUCACUUCUGCGAAGGAUGAAGAAAAUGCUCCCUUCGCUUGGAAAACCAGCAAAAGCACCAAAGAAAGGGAGCUAUUAUUCGCCGCAUGCAGUACUAGGUGAACUAGUGAGAAAAGCGGAAAGAGCUGAAGUUGAGGCGAAACUGCUAAUCCAACGCGCAGAGCAGAUUUUCGUACAGUUAUGGGUGUAGGGAAUUCAUCUCCACAGUCAUCUGGAACAGAAAGACAAGAGGAAAAAGGGACGACCCAGAUGAAGAUCCCUGAGAUGAAUUCCCAGAAUAGUACCUCUAAUACAAGCGCCAGAACUAUCAGGUAUUUUGAACACUGUAACGAUACCGAAGAGCUGUAAGAUACCGAAGAACGUUUUACAAGAGGGGCAACCAGCUGCAAAGGCAAUGCAUGAAGGCCCUCCAGGAGAAGCUGUUAGAGGGCUAGAAGAUCCUGGUGAACAAGCAACUUCGGGAGCUCCUGUCGUGCCACCAACAGUAAAAGCAUAACUCAUCACAGAGAUGGCAAUGGGUUUGACGUAACACUUCGGUAAUUCCCAAGAAACUCUAGCAAACUCACGCUAUCAUUAUAAAUGCUGAACUUUAUCUUCAAAUUUCGGUUUCGGAGAAGAGAAAAGCAUCCUACUCUGCGCAC